AGCACCCAAACUGCAGCACAACCUGGCAGCAAAAACCACGGGAAAAUCCAGUUUUCCUCAAGGGCCCCAAAUCCCUAACCCCAGCAACCUUUCCUGCUGACACUGUUGGGUUUCUGUGCUGUGUUCCCCAGAAUAAGGCUCAAGGGAGCUGCUGGGGAAAAUGGCAGCCAGAGGGGUUGGUGUCCCAAUGCCUGACAACCUUUGCUGUUAAGCAGUUCCCCAGAUCCAACCUCAACCUCCUCUGGUGCAACUUGAGGCCGUUUCCUCUGCUCCUGGCGCUUGUUCCUGGGGAGCAGAGCCCGACCCCCCUGGCUCCAAGCUCCUUUCAGGCAGUUCAGAGAUCAGAAGGUCUCCCCUCAGCUCCUGUUCUCCAGCUGAACCCCCAGGUCCCUCAGCCGCUCCCAUCACACUUGUGCUCCAGCCCCUCACCAGCUCCUUUCUCUUCUCUCCACUCGCUCCAGCACCUCAAGGAAUUUCUUGGCAUGAGGGGCCCAAAACUGCCCCAAGUAUUUGAGGUUUGGCUUCCCCAGUACCCAGUCCAUGGGUCGGUCACUGCCCUGGUCCUGUUGUCCAUGGGGCUGUGUGGUUCUGCAGGGGCUGGAUGGGACAAAUCCCCAACAUUCGGUGUCAGGAUGAGGCUUCCCGGGCUCAGGCCAGGUUGGGGUCACUCCGGGGAGGGUUUGUUGCCAGCAGCAGGCAGACAGGAGUGUGUCGGGGCUGUGAUGCCAGGUACUGGGCAGGUCCCUUUGCAAACCCCACAGCGUCUGGUGGGAAAACAGAGAUUGGAGAGGGGUUUGGGCCGUACCCAGUUCUUUGGUGUUUGAUAAGCAUUCGCCAUGUCCAAUGACCGGACUGAAAUUCCUGAUCAUCUGGAGGAUGAGCAGUUCCCAUCCACCCUCAUGGGGAAGAGGCAACAUCCCAGCUGGGGGGCACCAGCAGCUCCAGACCGUGGCAGCUCCGCAGAGGCCGUCUCGGGGUUUUUUUCAGUGCACCCUGGAGUUCGUGGUGGUUGUUUUUAUUAGGGUGUCCAAAGCCCGUUUUAAGUUGUCUGAGAGCACCCCCUCCUGGGCAUGGCAGAAAAGCACCGAGGAGAAAACUGAAGGAAGAGCUGCUGCUGGGUGUUCUGGGCCAUCUUGCCUAAAUCAGCGUCUUGAAGGUGGCUCUGCAUCCUGCCAGGUGCCUGACAGGCGGUACGGAGACACCCAGAAGGAAAGGACACUGUUUUCCCACUCUGAAAUCAGGCAGAGCAAACAUGGGAGAAGAUGGACGAGCUCGGGGACCUUUCCAGCUAUGUGAGUUUAUUUUGACAGUGUGGGACUUCUCCAGCCGAAGUGAAAUUCCAUAGUUCUCUCCAGGCUUAGCAGCUGCUCUGCACUGAAGUAGACACACACUUAGACAGCAGCCUUGACAAAGCCCAUGCAGAAGGUUUCAGUGUUUUAAGCCAAGAGGCGUGUGGGCUUUCCAAAGAGGUUUGAAACUCCCCCGGGGGCAGCCGAGCCCCGGGCCCGCUGGGGACUCCAUUUCCCAGCACCGGCGAGAGAAGGGCCGGGCCGGGCCGGGCCGGGAAGGGCCGGGCGGGGCCGCUGCGGGCGGGGCCGGGGCUGCCGUGAGCCCGGGGCCCCGGACGAGGCGGCCAUGGCCACCAGCCCCGCGCGCGCUGGGGGCCUUGGGCGCGAGGGCGCCCCGUGUCGCGGCCACGGGACGCGGAGCGGCGGCGGUUGGUGCGGCCGGUGCGGUCGGUGCCGUUUGUGCGGUUGGUGCGGUCGCUGCGGUUGGUGCCGCGGCGGCUGCUCCGUCCUGCAGCAUCGCGGGAGGUGCUGUUCAUCCCGGCGACUUGUGCGUUUGGAGACUUCGGUUGACGCCUUGAGCUGCUGGAGAGUGUGCAGAGAAGAGCAAGAGAGCUGGUCGGCGUGUGGACGCGACCAAGGAUCUUCGGUCCCCCCCUGGGGGUUGACAUCGGAGGAAUCUGCGGAGAGACCGUCUUGAGCAAGGGAAAGCCCGGCUCUUGCGAUGGCUACGCAAGCCAAGAGAGGUUUAAGUGGCUCUAUGGAUGACACCCUUGAGGACCUUUUGAGAUAUGAUGGUAAAAUGAAGCUUCUCUGCAGCUGCAAGGGCAGCAUCGUGGUCCUGGUCCUCCCUUCCUGGGAUCAGGAGCUGCUGGUGCAACAGCCCUUGAUGCGCGAGGGGCUCCAGUUGUGAGGGGGAGGCAGCGGGGAGCAGAGGGGAGAGCCGGGUUCCCAGAGCCAGAGGCCACUCAGUAGGUUGGCCGUUGGUCUGGGGAGGUGAAGGGAAGUUUGUCCAUGAUUAAAAGCCUUUGUGGGAGGUUGUACAGCCGGUGGGAGAGCCUUGAAGACCAGCGUGCGGGUCACGAAGGAGUGAGUGCCUUUCAGAUCUCUGCGUGCUCCCCACGUCCUCCUGACCUGCCCCGUCCUCAGCUUCUGCACCCGCUCUCUGCCCCGACAGGUUGCCUGCGGAGGUUUGCAAUGUCCCUGGAGAGGACAAGGCAGCUGCAGGGGUGAGCCCUGAUGUGGGGAGAGAACCUGGAUGUCCUGAGGGCUGGGGCUGAGGUGUCUGGCAUCACUGGCAGGGGCAAAAAGCCAGGAGAGGGGAGUGGGUGGCUGGUGGGAGACGGGCUUCCAGGUACCGAGGAUGGAGCAGAGCCCGGCAGCACCCGCUGCUGCAGCCCGGCCUUCCUGGGUGCGCUUCGGCUCCAGCGUCGUAGGAAGAGCCCUCAGCCAAAGCAAUGGCCAUGGGUGUUCCUGACGCUUCUCCCAGAGGCAGCAGCAGGAUCUCAGCACAGGACUCAGGGCUCAGAGCGUUUCAAGUACCAAAAUCCCCCCCGUCUCAGCCCCCGUGCACUGCAGCCGCGGCCCCAGCACCAGCCUCCCAAGGGAGAAGCAGUGCUGAGGCAUCCGCAGCGCUCGCCCUGUGCCCGUCCUCAUCCUCUUGCUUUCCAGGACAAGGACGACCGGGACUGGGAUUUCCUGGGGACAUCGAAACCCAGUUCUGGCCCAGGGAAGAUGCCCGUGAAACGUGGCACUGAGCGCAGCUCUGAGACAACAGCAGAACAGAGCAGCAGGAAAGAGCUGCCCCCACGCCAGACGCCCCUGCGCACCGUGGCCCCGGUCCAGAGGAGGAAGACGUCGAUGUUCGAAGAUGCUGAAGACGACGACCUGUUGGAUGUGCUGAGACGUGGCAAAGGCCCAAAAAAAGAGCACUUGGAUCGCUUUGGUGACUGGAUCGCUUUCAUCACUCGGAUUGCUUUCGGCACUUGGAUCUGUUUUGGUGACUGAUCGCUUUCUGUGGCAAGAAGGAGCAGGAGAAAGGCUGCUGGCUGUCCAUCCCUCCAAGAUCACCUCCGGACAGAAAAGCUCCUGUCUCCCUACUUCGGGUUCAGUGUUUUCACGCAGAACAGCAGCGAUGGCCACACGCGGUCUGUUGGAGAUGGUGGACGCUGCCAUCGGGACACCCCAAGAUGAGGAGGGCGGUGGGGGCCAGUCUGCCCCCUCCGAGCCCACCCAGGUGGCCAUGGACAGCCAGGCCAGGAAGAGCUCAGCACUGGGGCCGAAGGGACAUGGAACACAGCCUGGGAUGGAGACCGGCAGGGGGACUGCAGGGUUUGGCUCCCUGGAGAUGCAAGCAGGGACACAGGGGGAACCAGCGACCCCUGUGAAGUUGUCAGGCGCUCCCUCCCUUCACACAAUGUCUCUUGAUGCCGGCGCCACCACCCCGGGGAUGCAGCCAGGAUCACGGGGCACCCAGGCCACCACCCACCUGGGGACACAGCCAGGGGCCCCUGACACCCAGGCCAGCACCUCAGGGAUGCAGGCAGGAUCACCCGGGACCCACACCACCACCCCUGGGGUGCAGCCUACAUCCUCCAGAUCCCAAGCAACCAUCCCAGGCGAUGCCCAAGAGCCGGCCAAGCCCUGGCACUGCUCGGGCUCCACCAUCACCUCCUGCUAUGAGCUGGAGAUGCAGGAGGUCCUCUCACAGGUUGGGCAGCUCGGCCACCUCUGCACUGAUCUGAAGGACCAGGUGGAGCAGCUUAAAUCCAUCAAAGCAGAACGUGCGGAUCUUGAGAACGUGCGCCGACCCUUCCCAAAGGGAGGUUGGCAGAGCAUCACCAGCAUACUGUCCUUCCUCAAGUGCCAGAUGUCCUUCCUACAAGACAUGGCCAGGGUCCUCCACGGGGAGGAGGAGAAGAUCAGCAAGGUGGAGGAUGCUCCCAGAAAGAUGAGGGGGGCUGGAGCCGGCAGAAAAGCAGACGGCAGCGGCCAGAUGACCCAACAGCCACGGCCCAAGGGACAGAAGGACGAGCCAUGGGCGACGGCACAGAGCGGGGGACACGAGCACGCAGGGUGCCACUUCUGCAGCCCGGACACCAGGGUGCUGCUGGGGAAAAUCCUCCAGCGCUGCGAGAAGCUCGAGGAGCAGGUGGAGUCUCUGGCCCAGAAGGUGGGCGGCAAGGUGGAGAGUGAUCCUAUGUGGAGGAGACAGUCCCUGCAGCAGGACGAGCAGCUCAAGUGCCUCCAGACCAGCAUCGUGCAGCUCCAAAAGGACUAUGAGAAGUUGAGCUCGGCCCUUGCAAACCUCCAUCAUGAUCGUCAGCAGGAGCAGAAUGACAUCAAGGCUCUGUCCCAGUCCCUGGGGAGGCUCAAUAAGCAGAAAGCAGACAAGGAGGAGCUGCAGCUGCUGGGAAUCGAUGAGAAAGCAGACAAAGCCGCCCUGGCUGACAAAGUCAGUCGCAGCCAGUUUGAGGCGUGCGUGGAGCAGCUGAACAAGGUGAUGGAGGAGGUGACGAGCCGGGUGACGGGCAAGGAGAAGGGCUGUGACCAGUUCCAGAAAGAGCUGCAGAGACAGAUGGACUGCAAGCUGGACCGCCGGGAGCCGGGGGCAUUCCAGCAGCAGCAGGAGGAGCGGUGGAAGAGCCUCAGCGGGCAGCUCCAGGAGAAGGCGCUGAAGCCAGAGCGUGACAAUGCCGCUGGGAUUAGGAAGGAGUGGACGGGCGAGUGCAGAUACCCCACUGUUCCGCGGAGCUGCGGGGGCCCACACACCGUCACGCCCCCGCGCUUCCAGCCCAAACCGCCCAGCACCCCACCGCCAUCCCAACCCAGUGCCCGGCACAAGAAGUACGUGAUGCAGCUGUCGGGCCAGUACAGCACUGAUGGGAACCGGCAGGACAAGCAGCUCUCCAUGAUGGGGGCUUCUCAGCUAUCCGCAAUGCCAAGGGCCACCCCAGUCACCUCGACCUCAGGCAACCGGCCAAGUAUGGCCCUGUCAGGGCACCGGGGGGCAGAGGACACCCUGCUGUCUGGGGGGACAGGCACCGCCUCCCCACUGCUAUCAGCCUUGCUGAAGAACCGACCUGCCUCGUCUCCCGGACACCUGAUCCUGCCACCGAAGCUGCGGCUGCCGCCCAUCCAGUCCCCCCGCAGUGAACCAACCCCCUGACAGCCGGGCAGGACGGGGGUCCCGGCCCCGGUCCCACCGCCCCGGGCGCUGAGCAGGCAGCAGCUGCAAUAAAUGGCGAUGGGCAACCAAGCGCCGGUGUGGUCUGAGUGGGGGUCCCUGGGGCAGAAUGGCAGAAAGCCCCCUGUGUUUGCUUUUUCAGGAGAAAAAUAAAUGCUAAAAAGGCUCUUCGGGGGUGCCCAGAGGUGGAUCCAGUGCUAUCCAGGGUCCCCCCAGAGGGAUCACGGGUAGCAAACCAGUGGGCUCCAGGGCAGAGCCAGCAGAGGCCCAUCCCGCACUCCGGGUGGGGCUGAGGUGUCCAUGGGCUUCAGAAGCACCCCCUGGCACUAACUGGGGGGACGGGGUGAGGGGGGAACCAGGGGGCUGUGCAAGAAGCUGAGCUGGCUGUCCAAGCCAGGGGAACCCGUUCUCUGCCUGCCACCCCAUCUUGGGGUCACUUGUCCCCUGGUUCCUGACGUUCCUCCGGGUGGGCAUGGGGCGGGUUUGGGUCGGGCCGAGCCGAGGCCUGGCUCCCGGGGGGCUGCUCUGCAGGGAACACCCCCCGCCCCAGCAGCGCAGCUGCUCCGGUUUAUUUUCGUAUUUCCCGCCCCUGCCACUGCCCCCAGCAGUGAACCAGCAGACUGCAGGUCCCGAAGGGAUCUGCUCCUCCUCCCCACCCCUUAAGGGGCGGUAAUCACUGCAGGGAGUAAGGAAAGGAUGCUACAGGAGCUGGAGUUGCCUUCUAAAUCUGUUUUUUCGCAUUUUCAGACUUUGUUUUACGUUACGGGUUCAUAAUCUGAUGUCUCUCAGUCCUUACCCCCACCACCCCUGCUGGGGUUAGGCACCAGCUCCGUAGUAAGCUCUGUAAAAACAACAUUCCUUCGUUAAACGUUUCUUGCAACUUCCUCCUCUAUUUUUCAGUUCCGUUGUGUUUGCAUUUUCUUCUGAUCUAGUUCUAUAGGUGGCUUCAAGCCUAGACAACGUGAUUUCACAUUUUUUUUCAGGAGUUCUGCUAAAGUCACGAGUCCUUGCAAAGCUCUGCUUAGACAUACACCACCUUUCUCUGCUACCUAGGACCAUGCUGUUUUCCCAUGCCAUUCUACUAGUAGCAUGUAAUUGUUUGGCGAUUCUGUUAACUAGUUGUCUAGUAUAAUUUAUAAAUUGUUGGCUAUAAAUGUGAUUUAUCCAGCAUACCUUCUUGUUUAUAGUUACCUAUCAGGGUAAAAAAGAUUCCAAGCCCACUGUUACU